AAAGCAGAGCCCAGUGCGAGCCGUGGCUCUGAAUGGGAAGGCGAGGAGAGGCCAGGAGCAAGCACCAGCAUGUCUGAGCACAACUGCUGCAGCACGGAUGAGAAACUCCCGGCAGGAGGCAACAGGAAUAUCUCCACUCAGAGCCUGGUGCACCUGGUCUCCUUCCUGCCUUUGGACAGCACCAAAGCCACCUGGAUCGCUAUCGCUAUUGUCUACUCCACCGUCUGCACCUUGGGGGUGCUGGGCAACCUGCUGGUGUUCUUCCUCCUGGGCUCCAGGCACCGCCGGAGAAUGUCCAGCGUGACUUACCUUGUGCUCAACCUGGCGGCGACUGCCUUCCAGUUUGUCCUGACCUUGUCCUUCUGGGCGGUGGACACGGCCCUGGAUUUCAGCUGGCCCUUUGGCAAGGUCACGCGCAAGCUGGUCUCGGCCAUGAAUAUGUACGCCAGCGUCUUCUUCCUCACUGCCAUGAACGUGACCCGCUACUGCUCUGUGGUGUCGUCCCUGAAGGCCAACCAGGGCUCCUCCUCUAAGGUGGCCAGUGCCAUCAUCUGGCUCUUUGCUGCCAUAGCCACCUUGCCACACGCCAUCUUCUCCACCUCCACUCAUAGGGUCUCCGGGGAUGAGCUCUGCCUGGUCAAGUUCACAGAGCUGAAAGACAUCGACCCCCCCCAGUUUCUGCUGGGCUUGUACCCGACCCAGAAGGUCUUGCUGGGUUUUGUCAUCCCCUUGGCCAUCAUCUCAGCAUGCUACAUCUUCCUCCUCCGGUUCCUGAGCAGGAUGAAGAUGAGCAGCAGCAACCCCAAGACGAGGUCCCGGGUCACCAAGUCGGUCACCAUCGUGGUGCUCUCCUUCUUCAUCUGCUGGCUCCCCAACCAAGCCCUGACAGCCUGGAGCAUCUUCAUCAAAUUCAACCUGGUGCCCUUCACCAAAGCCUUCUACAACACCCGGUACAUCUUCCCUGUCACCGUAUGCCUGGCUCGCACCAACAGCUGCCUCAACCCCAUCCUCUACUGCCUGGUGAGAAGGGAGUUCCGAGAGGCGCUGACGGGACUCUUGCUCAAGGAAACCCCUUCCUUCAGUAAACAUGCCAGCAAAGCCCACCCCAGGCAGGGCUCCGCCCUGCCAGAAGAGCGGGAACUGCCCAAGCCUCUGUCCUGUGGGUGAAGCUCCUCUCAUCUCAAUUUAGAGGUGUCACGGCUGAGGAACCAGAUUAGGACCCAGGACAACUGGGGUCUCUCCCUGACUCUGUGCCUCCAUCUCCCCUCCCACCUUUUGUCUGCAAGCUCUCUGGGGUAGGGACUGUCUCCUGCUUUGUGUAUGUACAGCGCCUAGCACAAAGGGGCUGUAAUCACUACGUGCUAUCCGGAUACAUUUGGGGCAGUAGCGUCUGUUCAUUCAGCCCCCUGCACUGUGGGGAGCUGACUGGAGUCUUUGGGGGCCCCUGGAAUACAAAUAAUGACACUAAAGGGAGAGCUGUGUAUGUGUGUGGGGGAUCUAGUAGUUUUUUAAAAUGUAUGUGGGAUCCAAGGGUUUAGGGGACAAAAAUCCCUGAAGAUCAGGUCUAGGCAGAGAUUUUCCAAGCUGUCUAAGGGCUUUGGACUCCCGAUUCCCAUUCAAAUGAAUGGAAAUCGAGUGUCUCAAUCCUCUCUGGUACACUGAAAGUCACAGACUUACAGGGUAAAGAGAAGAGUUGCUAAGGCAGGGUACAGGGAGGAGGGCGAGGGGGAGCAUCUCUGUACUGUUCUUCCUUUAAAGUCUUGCUUUGAUGCCCCAAGCGAAGAAGGAUUUCAGCACUCCGGACAGCUCCUCAAGGAGCCUUGGGAAACCCCCAGCGGAGGCAAGAAACCCAAGGCAGAAUGGUCCUAUGGACAUGAAUUUGUGUUUUGGUGACGGCUGCUCUGUCCGAUUCUCCCCUGCCUGGGGAAACGAGGCCGGGGCAGCGCCCAAGAGCAGAGCUGGAGCUGGGAACCCAGCCAUCCCUGCUCCGGAUUGUGACACAAGUGCUUCGGGAGGUGGCAGUUGUGGGGACAACGGGCCCUUUGUGCCGCACAAAGAAGGGGAUGUGUCAUUGCGGGUGAUCUGUUCCAGUGUUUCAAUUGCUGCCACUGUGACAAAACCCAAGUGGCGUGUGAAAGGCUCAUGGUAAGUCAUUAAAGAGGCCGGGUGUCUCGGCCCACAACUGGGGAAAGCGAUACUGCUUCUGUACUGCUGCUUGACUGCGAGAGUGAGUGUGUGUUGGUGAAUGAAAACAAGUCACUGUGUGUGAGAGAGCACGCACGCGCACAUACUGAUCCUACAGAUGCCUGGCAAAGAAGAGAAGUCCUGUUCCCACGAGCCCUAAGCCCCUUUUCUCCCUUUCCCAUACAGACACUACCCCAAAA